UAUGAACUUGUUAGGUAUGCCCACAUUUCCUUACCUUUAUGCAAAUGAUCUGGUAGACGUGUUGAAGAAAAAGCAUGCAUCUGGGUCUUAUAAGAGCCUGGUAUUUUAUCUUGAAGCUUGUGAAUCUGGGAGCAUAUUUGAGGGACUUCUUCCUGAAGGUUUAAAUAUCUAUGCAACCACUGCGUCGAAUGCCAUAGAGAGCAGUUGGGGAAGUUAUUGUCCUGGAGAGAUUCCCAGUCCUCCUCCAGAGUAUGAAGCCUGUCUGGGGGACUUGUACAGUGUUGCUUGGAUGGAAGACAGUGACAUGCAUAAUUUGCAAACUGUAACUCUGAAGCAGCAACAUAAUCGGGUUAAAACCAGGACAACAAACCAUAACACAUACAAUUUUAGCUCCCAUGUUAUGCAAUAUGGUGAUGUUGGGCUUAGCAAGGAGUAUGUCUUCUUGUAUAUUGGUACAAAUCCUGCUAAUGAUAACUUCAGUUACAUUGAUGAGAACACAUUGCCAGCAUUUUCGAGGUCUGUGAACCAAAGAGAUGCAGAUCUUCUUUAUUUCUGGAAUAAGUUCCGUAAAUCCCCUGAAGGCUCUCCUAGGAAACUCAAUGCUCAUAAGGAGUUGAUUGACGCAAUGGCUCAUCGUCUGCACAUAGACAACAGUAUCGAGCUCAUUGGGAAGCUUCUUUUUGGAUCCAAGAGGGGCCCAGAGGUGCUGAAGGCUGUCCGGCCCACUGGGCAACCUUUAGUAGAUGAUUGGGAUUGCCUCAAGACAAUGGUACGGACUUUUGAGACGCACUGUGGAUCUCUAUCACAAUAUGGCAUUAAACACAUGCGCUCAAUCUCGAACAUAUGCAAUGCAGGCGUUGGAAAGGAGAUGAUGGUAGAGGUGUCUUCGCAGGCAUGUGUCAUAAUCCCUGCAGGCCCUUACAGUUCACUUCACCGUGGAUUCAGUGCUUGACAUCCACCCUGGUCCGAAACCUUGAU